GACCUGCAAGUUUAAUAUCAAUCGCCAGUCUGUCUUAGAUGGUGCCAUCAGGGGAUUUAAAAGGGUUUCUUACGACCCUACUGCAACUAUGUCUGUCAGGUUCUCGGAUGACCUGGGAACCUAUGAGGAGGCUAUUGACUUGGGUGGGCCACGGAGGGAAUUCUUGACCUUGCUCAUGGAAGCUCUGCUGAGAUCCCCUAUGUUUGAAGGAGUUGAGGAAAAAAACCAAAAUCUCACGCUUGAUAGCAAAGCACUGAGAGAUGAUGAGUAUUUUAUUGCUGGAAGAGCAAUUGCAGUGAGCUUGGUCCAUGGUGGUCCUGCACCAAGAUUCCUCUCUCCCACUUUGUUCACAUGCCUGGUCCAAGGCCCAGAAACUGUAAAGCCCAGCCUUAAGGAUGUUGCUGAUUCUGACCUCAAGGAUAAGCUUGAAAAGAUCUUAAGGAGCACAUCUUUAGGAGAACUGAUGGCCUCAACAGAACCUCUGUUGGAGUUUUUGGCAACAGCAGGAUGCCUUCGACACCUGAAAUGUCUUGAAGACAAAGAAUUACUGGUUCAAGAUAUACUGAUGUUCCAGGUGGUCCACAGAGUGCGGGGACCAUUUGAAAGAUUUAGAGAUGGACUGCGAACUCUCGGGGUUCUUGAUCAGAUUAAGAUGUACCCUGAAAGUUUCCGCUCACUGCUGUGUCAUCAGGCAGAACCUCUCACAGCGGACAUGGUCGACAAGCUCUUUAUCAUCCAAUUGUCUCCAGCUGGAAGCAAUAGAAGAGCUGCAGAAGAAGUCGUUGUACCUUUCUGGAGGGAUUAUCUGCAAGACGUUGAAGAUGAACACGGACCGGAGAAGCUAAGCGGAAUACUGUCAUUUGCGACUGGAGCAACAGAGGUGCCACCAACUGGGUUUAGCCCAAACCCCUCCAUUGAAUUCAUUCAUGGGCCUUCCAAUCUGCCAAUAGCCAAUACAUGUGUCAACUGCCUCAAGCUACCUCUUCUACAAACAUACAGUAAAUUUAAAGAACGUAUGGAUUUUGCAAUAGGCAAUACAUAUGGCUUUGGACAAGAAUAGGCUAGAUAGGCCAAAACUUUUCCUGUUUCUGCUAUGUUUUCAGUAAUUCACUGUUUGGAAUGUUAGAUCAGUAUAUGAUGUGUUUUGCCAAAACAUUUUCAAUAACUAAUUUCAGCCUUUUGUAAAUAUAAAUUGAACUGGGCAAUUUUUACUAUAGCAGUUCAAAGUGGCAAGUUGCUCACUUUUUUGUUUUAUGGAAUAUUUUUCUGAAAAUUGAAAGCCACAAUAAAAUAAUACCAAAAAAAAGACAUUUACAUGGAAUAAAAUGUAACAGGCUCAUGUAUAACAGGCCACAUUGAAUCUCUUGUAAAUGUUGCCCAAUUUAUUGGGUAAAUUCAACAAUAGAAAUUCAAAGUGACCCACUAUAGACGAGCCUGUUGAGCCUCUUUUUUGUAUUUCACUUUUUUAUUUGUAUUCCAUGGGAUGGACAAUAUUAGAAAGGGAUUGUGGUCUUUACUUGACUUUGACUAAAAUGGGCUAAAAAUA